AUGGAUGGUACAAGUCUUGAGACCACUCAGGUCAAGUCCAAGGACGAUGAUAUAACUGAAACUUUCGAUGACAUGGCCCUUGAGAGCAAUCUUCUUCGCGGAGUCUAUGCAUAUGGCUUCGAGAAUCCCUCUGCUAUCCAAAAGCGUGCUAUAAAGCCUAUGAUUGAAGGUCACAAUGUUAUCGCCCAAGCGCAGUCUAAAACUGGAAAGACUGUCGCUUUCUGUAUAUCUAUUCUACAGAGAAUCGACCCCAACGUUAAAGCUUGUCAGGCUCUGGUCCUCGUACCAUCGCGUGUCCUGGCUCAGGAGAUCCAUAACCUCAUGGAUGCCAUCGGUGACUUCAUGGACGUCCACACCCACGUCUGCAAAAGCCCGAGAGAAGAAAUUGGUGUUCUCAUGGACGAUGCGCAAAUCGUCAUCGGCACCCCUGGCCGUGUACAGAAUAUGAUCGAGCGCGGCGUCUUUCGCAUCGAUGAUAUAAAGAUGUUUGUGCUUGACGGUGUUGACGACUUGCUGGCUCGUGGGUUUGAAGAGCAGAUUGAAGAUAUAUUCUCGUUCUUACCACAGUCUGCCCAGGCUCUUCUUGUCUCUACUACCAUGCCAGGAGAUGUCCUCGUACUUGAGGCCAAGUUCAAGCGCGACUUUGUCCGCAUUAUUGUCAAAACCGCGCCUAUCAUCGAGGGUGUUAAGCAAUUCUAUAUCGCUGCUGAGAACGAAGACUCCAAGCUAGAUAUUCUUUCUCAGAUCUACAAGACCAUGGAAUCCUUCCAAACCAUUAUCUUCUGCAGUACUCGCAAAAAGCUUGAGUGGCUUACUGAUAAGCUUACCGCUCGCGGCCUUACCGUCUCGUCCAUGCAUGGUGAUAUGGAUGCAUGCCUUCGCUGCGAGAUCAUGGAAGGAUUCAGAAGUGGCUCUUCUCGCAUUCUUAUCACUACUGAUCUCCUAGCCCGUGGCAUCGACACCCAACAGAUAUUACUUAUUGUCAACUUCGACCUUCCAUCAAAGCCCGAGAAAUAUAUGUACCGCGUUGGGUGGGGCGGCCGACCCAGCAGGAAGGGCGUGGCUAUUAACUUAGCUACCGCUGAUGAUAUGUCAAUGAUGCAUGAAAUCGAGCAGUAUUACGGUACUCAUAUUGAAACAAUGCCAGAGAAUGAGAGUUUGGAAAAUAUUAUAUCAAAGCUGGGCUAG